AUGUCGGAGUUCACGGUCCGGACGCGGAAGUUUCUGAACAAUCCUUUGCUCGGCCGCAAGCAGUUCGUCUUGGACGUGAUCCAUCCGGGCAUGGCCAACGUCUCCAAGAAAGAUUUGGCCGAAAAGCUGCGAAGCAUGUACAAGGUUCAGGAUGUGAAUUGCAUUCAGCUCUUCUCCUUCAAGACCGCCUUCGGUGGUGGUCGCAGCUCUGGUUUUGGUCUCAUCUAUGAGAACCUGGAGAAGAUGAAGAAGUUUGAGCCGAAGUACCGCUUGAAGCGCGUCGGUGUGGGAGGUGAGAAGAAAGGCCCAGGCCUGGAGGGAAGUUGUUCGCGAUUUUAUCAUCGAAGUCAAUGGUGGAAGUUCUUCAAGGCCAUGGGUUCAUGA